CCGUCGCCAGCGCUAUAAAAAGAGGUGGGGGCCGGGGCGCUCGGUACGAGGUUCACCGCGCCGCUAGUCACCCCACCGACACCUAAACCCUAACCGAUCUAGAGGAGGGGGCGCUGUGCCGACGGGAAGCUCCACCUGGCCCUCUGCGUCACGCCCUGGACUACGUGCGCCUACGUCACCAUCGUCGGACGCCGGCGAGCCCUUCUGCCCCGACCGUCGCUGCCCUAGCGCAGAGCUCCACCGACGAAGCAGAGAUGGCGGGUUCUAGCAACCUUACUCCAACCACUGGAGUCUCAGGAGGGUACAACUUGAUGGGUUGUAUCAAUGAGAUUCCAACUCUGAAAGGUGACAACUAUUCAGAGUGGAAAAAGAAGAUCGACCUAGCCUUCAUCUUGGCUGAGGUUGAUUGGGUAGUCACCACACCGUGUCCUACAGAUCCUGUGGCACCGGUGAGGGAGACAAACGAGGCUGAUGCCGCUUGGGCAACCAGAGAUAGGGAUUAUCAAUCCCAAAAGAUGGCCUAUGACCUUGAGCAUAGGAAGUGGGUCACUGCCAACAAGAAAUGUUUGGCAGUGAUAAAGAACACGAUUGAGCCUGCUAUUGUGGGUUCGAUCUCAGAGUGUGACACUGUCACUGAGUACCUGAACAGAAUAAAGAGUCAGUUUACUGGCUCUUCAAAGACUUAUGCUACCCAGCUGAUAAAGCAGCUGGUAACAGAAAGAUACUCAGGUGGAGGCAGUGGCAUAAGAGAGCACAUACUGAGGAUGAGCAACUUGGCAUCCAAGCUCAAACCAAUGGAUCUGGCUCUAAAGGAUGAGUUCCUUAUCCAUUUGAUUUUUGCUUCUUUGCCAAAAGAGUUUGAUACAUUUGUUGUAAACUACAACAUACAGCCCGAGAAGUGGGAUUUAGAGAAGCUCAUUGCUAUGUGUGUGCAAGAAGAGGAAAGGAUAAAAGCUUCACAUGGUGGUUCAUCAACU